AUGUCAGGCACGUUUUCCGUUCGAGAUUUGGAGGAGAAGGACUGCCAUGAGCUGCUUGAACUUAUUCGACAUCUCACCACAGCUGAAGAGAUACCAGAUGACGAAUUGUUAUCCAUUUUUAAGGAACGCCAAACUCAAGGGGUUAUAACAAAGGUUGUUGAGGAUUCAGAGAGUAGACGGCUUGUAGGAACAGGUUCGAUUUUUAUUGAACGAAAGUUUUCACAUGGUGGUAAGCGUGUGGGGCAUAUUGAGGAUGUUGUUGUACUUCCUUCUACGCAGGGAGAAGGCAUUGGUAGAUUACUCAUGGAAAAGCUGUGCGCUCUCGGUAAGGAAUAUGGCUGCUACAAGGUAAUCCUUGAUUGCAAGGAAAGUAACAUUCCCUUUUACAGUAAGUUUGGAUUCUACAAAUUUGAAACUACAAUGCGAUUAGAUAUAUUUCCUUGAGAAUCCCGUACUACUGAGAGCAAAAGGGACUGAAUGUUUUACUUCACACAUGCUUCCUUUAGCCUUGUACUAUUCGUUCAAUAAGAAAAUGAAGAGUUGCAGUGAUUCAGAUUCUAUAGAAUAAAUAGUAUCAAUUAUUUUAUUUUGAAUCUUGAGAAUCUGGAUAGCAAGUGAGAAGAGUGCACUCUUGAUUUAAUUAAUUUAUGGAAAUUUGCGAAA